CACGGUUCUCAGGGAUGAAGACGAAGUUUGUGGUAAAUCGGGAAAAUGUACGAUUUUGAUCGUUGAAGUCCCAAGCUCUCUCGUCACGAGUUUCAAAUUCGUGUGCAUGAUCCGUGACGUCAUAAGCUAUUUAAGAAAUUUCUCAGAUUUUAAGCUUUUGUGUGCCAUAUAUAUAAACAACAAUACCCAUUUCCAUUGGCCUAUGUAGUCAGAACUCAGAUCCCUUGUUCGCAUCGUAUCAAUGGCGAACCGAUCGGAGGAAGCGGAGUACGAGAGCGAUUCUCGGCCGAGUCACCAAGUCAGGGAGAAAGAAGGAGUUAUAGAUCUGGUGUUGAAACGGCCUUUACGGUGGCUGAGAAUGCUCAUUGAAGAGCUUCACUGGAGCUUCUUCUUUGGUGUGAUUGUCGUCUAUGGCGUUAGCCAAGGGCUUGGGAAAGGGCUCAGCAAAGUCGGCACGCAGUACUACCUCAAAGACGAGCAGAUGGUACAGCCUUCUGAAGCUCAGGUUUAUGUUGGUUUGAUUCAGAUUCCUUGGAUCAUUAAACCUCUUUGGGGAUUAUUGACCGAUGUUGUCCCGGUUUUUGGUUACAGGAGACGACCUUAUUUCAUACUCGCCGGUGUUCUUACUAUGCUGUCCAUGAUGGUGUUAUGGCUGCAGAAGAAUCUGCAUCUUGCGCUUGCUUUGUCCUGUCUUGUGGCAGCAAGUGCUGGAGUUGCUAUAGCUGAUGUAACCAUCGAUGCUUGUGUAACACAGUGUAGCAUUAGCCAUCCCACGCUUGCUGCAGAUAUGCAAAGCUUGUGUGGCAUGAGUUCGUCCAUUGGAUCCUUGGUUGGUUUCUCCCUUAGCGGCGUUUUGGUGCACUUGUUUGGGUCCCAGGGUGUGUACGGUUUACUCGGUUUGACUGCAGGAUUGACUGUUGUUGUUGGGAUGCUUCUGAAAGAAUCUCCUUCCCGGAGUUUAGGACGCAAGCAUGUGAAUGAGAAGUUUCUAGAUGCCGGAAGUGCAAUUUGGAAAACGUUUCAGUAUGGUGAGGUGUGGCGGCCAUGCUUGUUCAUGUUGUUGUCAGCUGCAGUGAGCUUGCACAUUCAUGAAGGCAUGUUCUAUUGGUACACAGAUGCAAAGGAUGGGCCUUCCUUCUCAAAGGAGGCCGUUGGAUCCAUUUUGUCUUUUGGUGCAAUUGGCUCACUGGUGGGCAUACUUCUUUAUCAGAACUUUCUCAAGAACUUUCCUUUCCGGAAUGUAGUCUUCUGGGCACUUUCCCUAUCUGUCCUGUCAGGAUUUCUUGAUUUGAUCUUGGUGCUGCGCAUAAAUCUGAAGCUUGGAGUCCCUGAUUACUUCUUCAUUGUGGUCGACGAGUUUGUUUCCCAUAUGAUCAGUAGAAUCAAGUGGUUGCCUUUACUUGUUCUCAGUUCCAAGCUCUGCCCUGCCGGCAUGGAAGGCACUUUCUUUGCUCUGCUCAUGUCGAUUGAACAUGUUGGACACCUAUUGUCGUCAUGGGGCGGAGGAGUGUUACUCCAUGCCUUGAACGUUACGCGUACUCAGUUUGAUAAUCUCUGGCUGGUUAUUGUGAUCAGGAGUUUAUUGAGAGUAAUUCCUAUUGGAUUGGUCUUCCUGAUACCGAACGUUGAUCCCAACUCAACCAUUCUUCCGGCUGAGAUGUUAGUGAACAGAAGAAGAGAAGCUGUAAUCGAGACCGAGAAGAUAGAGAUGACUGCUCUGAUAAGUAGUGAAGCUUGAGUUGAAUCAGUUCUGUUGUUAGGCAAGUGGAUUCACUGAAAUUACAGCGGACGUAGUAUUGUUGUGAAUUUAACAAGUUUCUCAGUGGUUUUUUUUUCUCUGUUCAUUGUUUGUUCUUCUGGUUUAGAUAAUUUUCUUUCCUCGCAGAAGAUCAUCAAAGAUUUGUUUCUUACAAUUCGUUGUAACCUACUGCUGUACCGAUACAGACAUAUAUAAGAGUAGUUCAAAUUGGCUUUGCCAAAAGAGAUGAUUUGGCUUUCAUGAUACAAAGGAUAUUAUAAGUGAUCAGAUACUGCAGUUUUCUCCUGCAAUUCCAAGCAUCUCUUGUUUGGUGUCAUAUAUUACUCUUUGGUUCUUCUGUUGGUAAUUUCCGAUGAUACCGACUUCGUUUUCAUAUGACAGACUCGCCAGGGCCAAGCAGACUAUGGACGCAUCGGGCUUGACAAAGUAGAACACACCAGUGACAUCCACUUGGAGCUCAGCGUCACCUUGGAAGAACAUCUUGAUAGUGGGAAUGCUCACGUCUUCAUAGCUUGUGAGGUUAAAGCAAGUGCCUAAGAUUGAAUAACCAGGAGCUGAAGGAAACCCGGAGAAUUGCUUCAGAAACUCCGUCUUCACGGCUUUGUAAAUGGAAGGUGGCAGUCUUGUGAUAACCGUUCCCGAGUCAAUUAGAAUCUCUCUACCGAAGCUUGAUGCUUCCAGCUCCACGCCACCGAUGCUGGCACCGGUGAGAUUCAGAAUGUAAAAGGAACGAAGCUGAGGGUUUUGUACCAACGGAGUGUAGGAAACUGAAGUUGAGUUUUUGUAAACAGAGGAAUCGUCACCGAAUGACAAUGAGCCAGAAGCUCCAUCUUCGAGAGAAGGCAAACAGUACGAGAAGACUCCGUUGAAAUUUUCAGUAGUUUGGGAGACUAAAGAAACUGAGCUUCUUCCCAAACCCAUUAGACCAGAAGCUCCCCCGAAUAGACCUUUGUUGUUUCGGCCACAACCAAAGACAAAGUUUUCGACUUUCGUGUCGCCCAAUUGGAUACUUUCACUGCCCAAGUCUCCUCGAGUGUACGAUCCAUCUCCGUAGCUGACAACGUAGUCACAAGUUGUCUUUUCGACACCACUGUUGCCCCCACAAAGGCCCCGAUUGCCGGUAGCAGCUACAAGAUCCUGACAAGUGGAUGAGUUGCAGAAAACUGUCUUGUAAUAAGAUGAGACUGAUGGGUCAUACAAAGGACCUUGUUGGUUGUAACAGGACCUGCAAGGCUGGCAUUGGACCCAAGUCAAGUCACUUCCAGUGUCAACGAUCAAACUCAUGUUUUUUCCUCCUAAUUCAACUGUCACAAUGUAAUUCAAAGUCUGAAGUUUUAUCCCUGAGAUCAGUGGAAUCUGAGUUUCCGAAACGGAUUGUGCAGUGGUGCUCGAGGUCAUUGCUUUGAUUCUGAGUUGAAGUGACUGGACUCGAAGGUUAUCAAGAACUAGUGCUCUUCUCAGCUUCUUACCCCAGUCUACAGUCUUUCCUGAGCAUUGUUCCCUAUGUUUCAUCUCCAGCGUAGUAGUGGAUUCUCUUCCCUUUCCUUUUACGGCGAAUCUACGUGUGCGCGAAAGCUGAAAUCUUCACGGGAAAUCUAGAGACGACGAAGAAUAUAGGAUGACACUUUCCUCAGAUCCGCGAUCUAUCUUGUCGUCAUCCAAACAUCACAAGAACAACCCACUCUUCCUUGUGUGAUUCCCAAAAAACUUAAUCCUCUCUUUCAUUAUAUAUAAAAAAAAAACAACAACAACAAAAAAAGAUUAGAUUUUUAGGUUAGGUGAAACGAAUAAUGGAAUCGGAGCUAAAGGAUAUGAAUUCGAAUCCACCGUCGAGCAAAGAGGAACGGCCGUUGCUCAAAUCAGAAUCGGAUGUGGCUGCCGCCAUUGAAGAGCUUGACAAAAAGUUCGCGCCUUACGCGAGGACGGAUUUGUACGGGACGAUGGGUCUGGGUCCUUUUCCUGCGACGGAGAAAAUCAAGCUGGCGGUGGCAAUGGUGACGCUUGUUCCAGUGCGGUUUAUUCUGGCGAUGGGCAUCUUGCUUCUCUAUUACUUGAUAUGUAGGGUGUUUACGCUGUUUUCGGCUCCGUAUCGUGGAGCAGAGGAAGAGGAAGAAGAAGGUGGAGUGGUGUUUCAGGAAGACUAUGCUCACAUGGGAGGAUGGAGAAGGACUGUCAUCGUGCGGUGUGGGAGGUUUCUCUCAAGGGUUUUGCUUUUCGUGUUUGGGUUUUAUUGGAUUCACGAGAGCCGUCCAGAUCGAGAUUCAGCCAUGGAUAAAACCACUUCGUCUGAGGUUGACCAGAAAGGCCAAACCGCCGAGGAGGAACCUGAAAGAGCUGGAGCCAUUGUGUCCAAUCACGUUUCGUACCUGGACAUUUUGUAUCAUAUGUCUGCUUCUUUCCCAAGUUUUGUUGCCAAGAGAUCAGUGGGGAAACUUCCUCUUGUUGGCCUCAUAAGUAAAUGCCUUGGUUGCGUCUAUGUACAACGAGAAGCAAAAUCGCCUGAUUUCAAGGGUGUAUCUGGCACAGUAAAUGAAAGAGUUCGAGAAGCUCACAGAAAUAAAUCUGCUCCAACUAUUAUGCUUUUUCCAGAAGGAACAACUACCAAUGGAGACUACUUACUUACAUUCAAGACAGGUGCAUUUUUGGCCGGAACUCCUGUUCUUCCGGUGAUUUUAAAAUAUCCGUACGAGCGUUUCAGUGUGGCAUGGGAUACAAUAUCAGGGGCACGCCACGUUGUUUUCCUUCUCUGUCAGUUCGUAAAUCACUUGGAGGUGAUACGGUUACCUGUAUACUACCCUUCACAAGAAGAGAAAGAUGAUCCCAAACUCUAUGCUAGCAAUGUUCGGAGGUUAAUGGCCACAGAGGGUAACUUGAUUCUAUCGGAUUUGGGACUUGGCGACAAAAGGAUAUACCACGCGACUCUCAAUGGUAAUCUUAGUCAACUCCGUGUUUUCCAUGAGAAAGAAGAAUGAAAUUUUACUGGCCUGAGAACGUUUGUAAUGUUGUAGUCGUUACCAAGAACAAAACCAUGACCGUGAUUGAAUAAUGGAUCUGUGACAAUAAUAAAAAUAAACAAAAGUUUGCUUACACAACUCAAAGCUUUCUCUCUGUGUCUUUUUUUUAAUAUAAAAACUAUGUGUUAUAGUGAGUUUUCAAUAAAUCAGAAAAGAAGCUGUGGC